CAUUUUCCGCACUGAUCCAAAGGAAAUUGAAGAAAUAACAUUAGACAGCGAGAUAAAUCGAAAAGAUUGUGGUGCCAAUGAAUGUAAAUUUUUAUUCGCGUAUACUGUUGAAGAGCAAGAAUCUCAAUCCAAUAGACAUUUUUACUCUUUCAUACAAAUUGCGCAACAAAUGGGCCGCACAAUGGUGUUAACUAACGUUGGAGGAUCUCGUAUAUCAUCAAUUAAAGAUUUUCCUUUCGACUUCUAUUAUAACGUUGAUGAAUUAAACAAAAAAUUUCAGCAAGUAAAAUUUAUUUUACAACAUAAAUUUCAAAAAUGGGCCAAAGAGCGGUACAAUAAAUUAGAUACCAUACAUGUAUCGCUUGAAAAUUCAAAGCUUAAUUCUAAUCCAAAUUAUACAAUUCAAUAUGAAACCCCACACAUUGGUAAAUUUUUAAAAAAAUAUGGCAUGGAUAAAUUUAAUUUAAAAUUAAAUAAUUCAACAACAUUUAAACGAAUAGGCAUCGGUAAUAAUGGCCGAUACUCGAGAUAUGGUAGUGAAAAUAAUGAUCUGAAACAAUUUUUAUCAGACGAAUUAGAAAGUAAUGCUGAAGUUAUGCUAAUAACGCAAGAAGGAAUACGAGGUCCGAUAUUUGAAAGACUUACACCGAUGCCACACGCAAGUCAUAUAACCAAUGCGGCUUCAAACCUUGCAAACAAAUUAAAACCAUAUAUCGCAAUUCAUUGGCGUAUGGAAAGAGGUCACUUAGCUCUUAUGCCAAAAUGCGCUGAAAGUCUUGUUACUUAUAUAAGAAACUUUUCAUUAACAAGUGGGAUUACAAAUAUUUAUUUGGCUACGGAUUAUCCACUUGCUGAAUAUAUGCAUAAUAAGCCACAAUCAGAUACAUUUCAUCAUAUACAUGAAGAACACCAUAUAGCCAUGAGAAUUUUAAAUUCUUCACUUAAUAUAAACACUUGGGUUUCAACACACGCGUUAGAUUAUCUUAAAUUAUCACUAUAUCCUACAAAAACGAAACAAUUACAAAAGGAACUUAGUGGUAGUGGUAUCCAAGGAAUCUUUGAUAAAUUAAUUUUAAUACAAGCCGAUUAUUUUAUAGCCGGUCCUGAAAAUUGCUGUAGAUACGGAAGUACUUACACAUCACAAAUUAAGGAAGCAAGGGAGGAAUCAUUUAAAAAUAACGGAACAAUUAAAAAUGUUAUUGAUAG